AUGGCAGUGCCGCCGGACUCACCUUAUUCCUCCUCCAAAGAUGAAGUACUUGAUGCCCCUGACGACAUACCAAGAACGGAGGGUCUGGACUCUUCCCCACAGAUGGAGGAUCUGGCAGCACUGGCUACUAAGGGUGAUAUUAAGGCCCUUAUGCACAAUAUCAGUGCUUUCUUCAAUGCUGACCUGGAUAUAAUCCGGGAGGAUAUGACUGUGGUCACUGCCCGAGUAACAGUUACUGAAGAGUCCAUCUCCUCCUUGACCCAAUAUCAAGAGAGUAACACGGAGCAGAUCUGUCAACUCCAGGCUGCACAUAAAGCUGUCCAAGUCCAAAUAGCUUCUCUUGAAGAUACGAGAUGA